GAAGAGGAGAAGCUGUGAUCUUUUCCUGUUUAGAUGUUGCAGUGACGGAUCUGUCUUUCUCUCUGUCUCCACACUGACUGUGCUCAUUGCAUUCUCUGUGCCUCUCUGUGCCAUCCCUCUGGACUGAUUGUUCCUCCAUGUCUGUGCUGCAGCUCAAAUGGGAGACAUAAGUGCUGUGGCUGUCUGGCACGUGAACACACGCGGCAGGUCUCUGUGGCUGGCCAUCCCAGGCACGGGAUGCUGAACUGCAGCCGUGAGGGCUUGUUUGAGCUGGGCAGGCAGCUCCAGCAGGAAGGGGACUCCCAAGCUGCUCUGCACUGCUUCCUGAGCUGCCUGCUAGGACUCACACAGGUGCAGAGCUUCCACUCGCUACCCAACUGCCUGCAUCAGAUUGCUGAACUCUACAUUGAUGAGAAGAACUAUGGGAAAGCUCUGCAGUUCAUCCAAGCAGAGAAGAUGUUCUAUGAAGUGGCAUUGAUCGAGCUCACCUCGCUGCAUAGGAGCACAGGGUGUCGGGAAGACAAAUCGCUGGGUACAUCAGGAUGUCUGUCUCAAGAGGAGUUAUCAGAACAGACUUCACAGGCCCAGGAUCUUGAGAGACUGGCUCAGCUCUGCAUCAUGAGCAAGAGACCCCAUCUUGCUUUAGAGUACAGUGGCAAGGCCACUAAAAUCCACCAGCGGGCUUUUGGUAACAAUCACCCCAUCACAGCCAGGAGUCUGGAGCUGCUAGCCACUGUCUAUGCUGAGAUUGGCAAAACAGAAUAUACUGAUUCUUUGGGGGAGUGUGUGUCGACACUUUCGAAGAGGUUCUCUGCCACAGAGUCAUUUAGCGAUGCUCUAAGUGGCAUCUCUCAUAGCUAUAGGGAUAAAUACACUGAGCUACGGCACAGAAAAGAGCCAUACAUACAUCAGGAAACUCUUCAAACUAAUGUCAUAAGUAAAAAGCUGCCCACUUCUAUCCUGAAAAGGUCCUGUGUGAGCAGUGUGGAGUCAGACUCAUCACGCAGACGGAAAACUGAGAGGCGUGUUCGCUUCAGAGAGCCGGAAAUCACUGUUCACGACAUUCCGUACUAUGACUGUUUAGGACUGUAUGACAAACCCCAGAGCCAUUUGCAUCUGGCUCUGCUCAGCUGCCUGUUCCUGCUGCUGUCAGCACUGGGUCUAGCGUUGUAUUGCACAGACCGCAGAAGACCCCAGCGUGCCUGUGAGGAGCUGCAGACUGCACUGGCUGUCUACCUUCUGCAAUUCAAACAGAUCAUCUGGGCCUGCUGGAUCUGGCUGACCAUGCAAUGACCAUAACAGACCACACGGCGCAGCAAAGUGUCUAAACUCAGGCAAUGCAUUGGAAAUGUUACGUGUCACCUUGUGGCAAAGAGAAAACAUGACAGGUCAGGGUGAUAUACUGAAGAAUGGACAGAUGAAGAAAUAAGGGGUUGAUUUUUUUAUUUAUUUAUUUAUUUUAGUGCUUGAAACACUAAAAAAAGUGAGACUGGCCACCAGUCGAUGUCUUUGAGGAUGUUCAACAUCCACCUCUUUUGUUUUUCUAGUUGAUCAAAGGCCAUGAGCUUUUUCACGCCAUUAAGUUGGUGUGUGUUUUUGCCCUAUAUGGUGGCAGAGUUAAUGCCACAUCCUCAUUAUAAGAAGCCGUAUAUAAUCCAUGUUCUCCAUAUGUAGCUCUUUGUCCUUGUAGCAGUUCUGGGCAAUUUGUGUUUUAAUAUUAUUAUUACUAAUAGUCAUUUCGAAAAAUGCUUGAUGGUCCAAAGAAUACAAUCAACAAAAAAGAUAAACUUCUCUGAAUAUUAGCGAAUAAAACUCCUCUGAACUAUAAAAGACAUACAGAGAACGCAAUGAAAUCCAUCUGUCAGAGUAAGAGCCCGACUGAUAUUUUCAUAGGUCAGAACUAUCAGUCAAAAUAGGCAUGCAAGACAUGGGCUUUGAUAAUGAAAACUAAAUUAAUAAUUGUACCGUAGAAGACAUAUAUACAUGUAUUAUGCAUGUAACAGUGUUUACAUGCAUAAUUCCAUGUGUAUUUUUACAAAAAGUUACAUCCAAAAACCAUUUGGACACAUGCAUACUGCAUGCAUUGAAAGAAUGCUUCAGCAAGUGCAUGGCUGGAUCAACUUCUGUACAUGCUGCUCUUUGUGAUUCUUGCCGCAUAAGUGCAAUACGUAAUUUCCAUGAUGAAAUAUUUGCACAUGCUUUAAAUGAAUGCUUGCCAAUAUUCAUCCUAGAACAAAGAAUGUUUCGUAUCCAAAAUCGAUUGCUUCAGAGGCACACUCACUGUGUUCUUUGCUGAAUUUGUGUAUACACAUUUUUUAUUGUGUAUAUUCUUUUGUUUAAGAGAUAUAAAUAACUCCCCAAAAAGGGCUUUCUUGGGUCCAUGAAUGAUGCACUGAUGCAAGGUAUUAGAUUCAGGAAGCAGGCAAUAGGUUUAUACAUCCAAGAAAUGCUUUAUUUUCACACCAGCUUAAAAAAAAAAAAAAGAAAGAAAAAGAAAUCUUAAUAUAUAGCUUUUGGCACAAUACUUUUUAUUCCUUUUAAAUAUCAGCAUUGUAUUGGACCUAAAAUCAGUUAGGCUCUGUUUAAAUUGUAUUCUCUGUAUGGGAACCAAUGAUAAAUUAUUCAUUAUAAAUUAUGCUUUUUAUGUCAAAUAAUAUUUUAUUUAUUCUGUCAUUUUACUUUUAAAGCAUUUGCUCUAGGUAAUGUGGUUGAAUGUGUCUGUGGAAUGCAAGACAAUACUAUUUAUUUUACUAAUAAUCAGAUAAGUAAAAAUAUGAAUUUUAUGCAUUUAUCAAACAUGUAUAUAAAAAAAUGACACUAAACAUUGUUAAUGUUGUGAAAAAAUAAAUACUGGCACAGUGUCUACACCUUUAGCAUUUAUCUAGUUUACGACUUCAAAUGAAGGGCAAAGCUGUUACGUUAAGCACAAAUGUUUCCAUCUUCUACUGUUUCAAGGAUAAGUUGGCCAUAUUUUGUGUCAUGCACUGCCACGUUUAACUGGCAAAUGAAAGAAUGCCAUUUUAAAUAGCUGAUUACUUUAUUAUUCUUGCAACAAUUGAGUUUAUAUUUUACAUGAACCUGUACCAGCAUCUUGGCAUAAGUCCAAUAAUGGUGCAUUCAUUUGUUUUACUGUUUUAAUUUCUUUAUAUGUAUAUAUCUCAUAUAAAUCAAGUUGAAAACAUUUAGCCUUUUAAUCUUCCUUUCUAUCAGCAGCUGUUCGGAAUCUAUUUUCCUAGUCAAGCAUUUUCUAUCAAAUUAUGUCCAGUCUUUGUUUUUUGGUCUCAAUCACAAGACUGUUGCUUUCAGAGCUUUCACACUAAACCUAUUCUCCAAUGGCACGCAUGCAAGUAGACAUUCUUGUUGAUUCCCCUUGAUACAUUUUUUUUUUUUUCAACGAUUUCCCUUAAUCACAAAACUUUCUGACUGUCUCCCGCCUCAGUUUCAGAACUGUUAACUUUGUAUUUUGUUAUUACAUAGUUUAUUAGAGCGCUUGCUGGAACAUCAGCUUUGUCAAAUUUAACAUGUGGUCAUCCAAUUAUUUUUAUUUAUUUAUUUUUUUUCAUUAUAUUGAUUGAAUCUUUUCAUUGUAUUCGUUUCAUAUUAUAUUGUUAAAUUCCCUUUAUACGUGAUAAAGACAAGUGAUAUCGAGGAAUGAGAUUUUGUUGGCCGAUACAACAGUGGUCUUGGAUUUUAUAAUGACACCUAUUGAUGUGGAUGCAGCAUCACACAAAAGCAAAGGUUUUCAGUAAGCAAUGCCAUUGUAGAAAUAGCCUCUUCAUACACUGAUGUUUCUAAAUUGCUGAUUUGUGCACUCUUUGACUACACUUUGUUUUGAGUCAGUGCAAAAGGUGCACAAACAUGAAUAAACCAACUGUGAUCUGCAUCAAAUCACUUUGAGCUACUUGGGUGGAUAAAACCACCUGAAUAUAUCUGAAUAUGAAUAUAUAUACUCACUGAAUAGAGACCAUUUUCACAAGGGUAACUGUAUGUUAUUUAUAUGUACAGUAUAUGGUAUGACUGAUUAUUAUGCAACAUUUAUUUAAAAUCAAUCUUUUCUUCUGCAUAGCACACUUUAACGCUUACUAUACCUCGACAAAAGGGAAAUCAACAAAAUAUUUUGAAUAUGUUGAAACUCUAAUGGCGCUCUGAUGGUUUCUUUUGGACUAGCCAAUCUUUGAAGCAAUAAAAUUGCCCCAAGUGGAGUACAUGUUUGCUUUCUGUUCAUUUAUCCUCUAAUGUACAUUUGGUCAUAUUCAAUAGAGGUGCCUUUUUUUGAAAUUGUUUGCUUGUUAUAUUUUGUUCUUCCAAUAGGAGUGUCACCAAUCAAAACCAAUAAAAUUUACACCAAGUAAAA